AUGGCUUCUUCUUCUUCCUCUUACGGUUUUGCCCUUGUUUCUUUGGUACUUGUGUUACAAUUUCUUUUAACAUCUGCCUCCACACAAUACAUCGACGCCAUUUGCAAACACGUCUCCGACAAAGCCUUCUGCCUCCAAACUUUGAACAAAUUUCCUCCGGCUGUUUCUGCCACCACCACGUUACAAGCGGCUGAAGCCGUGCUCCAUCUAGGUAUAUCCUAUGCCGCUAAAUGUGCGGCUGCCAGUGCAAAAGCGGCAACGGAGAAUCCAAACUUGAAGAAUCAGUUCGAGAGGUGCCAAGGUGAAUUUGCGACCAUUGUAUCCAAUCUCAAGAGCGCCAUCCCGAUACUCAAGGAAGACCCAUCGAGUGCAAGCUAUCAGCCCUUUAUCUCUGCCGACAGCACCGCCACAGACUGUCAGAUAUUCGCACGGAGACCGCUCGGCGGAGUCAACACAAUAACAGCGGAGAACCGAGUCAACACGGAUCAUACGGGUGGGAUCGUCAUACAUAACUCGGUGGUGAAAGGAGAUCCGAAGGCACGGCUCGGAGGCAUGAAAACGUAUCUCGGUCGUCGGUGGUCACUGUACGCACAAAUGGUGGUGAUGAAGACGCAACUUGGUCAAUUGGUCGAUCCCAAAGGAUGGCUUCACCCGGUCACCCGGUUCGGGUACAGAGAACCGGGUAAAGUGGCCUGGGUUUCACGUGAUAUCGGAUGUACAUGA